UUCGCAGUAUUACGGUAGCACGUUUAGCAAACACGGAAAUACUUAAUAACUCACGAAUACAUUUAUUUAGUAGUUGUAAUUAUGUCUUUUAGUCGUUUUUCCAAAGAGCUUCUGAUUGGAGCCGCGGCGUUGGGAUUCGCCCUUGUCGCUAGUUAUCAUCUUGGGAAAAGAAAGCCCAGAUUUUCUAGCAUGGACAUCUUCAAAAGCCACUCCGGGGGGAAAGACAACUCAGUGAUCCAAUACGUUCUCAAUCACUCACUGAGGGAGCAUCCGGUGCUUAAAAAACUCAGACUGAGGACAAUGGAGGAUUCAUGGAAUUUCAUUAUGGUCGCCUGUGAGCAGUCACAGCUCAUGGUUAAUCUGGCAAAGCUAAUAAAAGCCAAGAAAGCAAUAGAGAUAGGAGUCUACACAGGCUACAAUACACUGAACGUGGCUCUGGCUUUACCUGAUGAUGGAGUCGUGGUGGCUUGUGAUGUCAACGAAAACUACACCAACAUUGGCAAACCCUUCUGGAAAGAGGCGGGGGUUGAGCACAAAAUUGAUCUGCGCAUCCAGCCAGCACUGAAGACUCUAGAUGAUCUCCUGGCAGCUGGGGAGGCGGAAACAUUUGACUUUGUCUUCAUCGAUGCAGACAAAGUAAAUUAUGACAACUACUAUGAAAAGUCUCUGCAGCUGUUGCGGAAGGGAGGCAUCAUCGCUAUUGAUAAUGUGCUGUGGAGUGGGAAGGUGGUGGACCCUGCCCCUGACGAUGUCGACACCCAGGCCAUUGACAAGCUGAACAAGAAGCUGUACCGCGACACUCGCAUCAACCUUAGCAUGAUCACCGUGGGAGACGGGCUCACGCUGGCCAUCAAACUGUAGUAUGAUAUCUUGAUAAUCACUGUGCACUGUGCUUCAUGGUUUUAAGGAGGGUGCUGGAAAUGGGGAGAAAUGUUCAACAUCUUAGCAGUCAUGACUUAUUGCAUCACUGUCUUGCAUAUUAUGUGCAGUAACUCUUAGGUUUCAGUGUAGUUUUAAAACAGAUUUCAUGGUUUUUACUUAAGAUAGAUAGAUAUAGAUUUACUUUAUGGGAACAAAGUGUAUUUGUAAUCAGUCUCUGUGCUAGGAAGUGACAAUCAAAACCAUGUUUACCACAUUGCCAACUAAUCCUGAACUGAUUGCUAGUAUAUUUGUAAUAAAAAGUCCAAAUUGCA